UGGUGUAAAGUCAGCCAUGAUGGCGACAACGUAAAGCGAGCGGGCCGCGUGCAGCGUCAUCGCGGUGCCGUGUGCAGCGUCAACGCGAUGAGGUCCCCCCGAUGCUUCUCGGGGCUCAGGCGAGCCCACCUCCUGUGGCCGAUCCUGCUGCUGCUCCUGGUCGGCGCAGCCCUCACGGCUCUGCUGCCCCCUGCCGAGGAGGACCACGCAGGCAUCGAUGUCGUGGGAGUGCUGAGCAGGACGAGGUCCCAGAGGGACCAUCCCGCCCGAGGCCCCCUCGGUGGUGGUGGCGGCGUCACGGAGGACGAGCAGCAGAGGUUCACCAUCGUCAUCCAAACGUACAACCGCACGGACGUCUUGCUCAAGCUCCUGAACCAUUACCAGGCGGUGCCUCGCCUUCACCGGAUCGUCAUCGUGUGGAACAACAUCGGGACGCGGACGCCGCUGGAGUUGUGGAACUCUCUGCAGCCUCAUCCGGUCCCCGUGAUCUUCAAGGAGCAGACGAGCAAUCUGAUGCGCAACAGACUCCAACCCUUCCCUGAGAUCGGUACUGAUGCUGUGCUGAUGCUGGACGACGACACGCUGGUCAGUGUUCCUGACAUCAGUUUUGCCUUCUCUGUCUGGAAGCAAUUUUCCGACCAAAUUGUUGGGUUCGUACCACGUAAACAUGUCUCGACACCAGGAGGAGUGUACAGUUAUGGCAGCUUUGAACUUCAGGACCCAGAAACAUCUGGAGGCGACAAAUACUCCAUGGUCUUGAUCGGUGCCGCCUUCUUCCACCGCCGCUACCUCCAGCUGUUCCGGGACCAGCCUCGGGCCGUCCACGCGCUGGUGGACGAGACCCAGAAUUGCGACGACAUCGCCGUUAACUUCGCCGUGGCGCUGUAUUUGAGGGAGCACUCCGCCGGCAGCGUCGCCAAGCCCUCCGGGGUCUUCGUCAAACCCGUGGACCUCCGCAACCUGGAGAAGGACGCCAGCAGCGGGUACCAGGGUAUGUGGCACCGGCCUGAACACCUGCUGCAGAGAUCCUACUGCCUGAACAGGCUGGCGCAGAUCUACGGCUUCAUGCCGCUCUGCUUCUCCAACCUGAUGGUCUCCCAGUUCGGCUUCCCGAGCUACGCCAACCACAAGGGUCGAGCUUGAGGAGCGAUUCGGAUUGAAAGGCGGCGGGACUCGAGGGACAGUCUGGUAGGUCUGCGUUUGAAUAACAACACAUGUCCGGGUUGACUGUCGGUCCCAGCAUGUGUAGGAAGCUCGAUUUAAAAUUUCACAGGCCAAUUCUUUUCAUGUUUUGAUGACAAAAAGGCAGUGAUGUUGCAGUGUUUGAGCACAAAUUGAAAUGUUUUUUUACAUCAAUAAUUUGUCUGCAUAAAGUCGUUUUUUUUGUAUUUUAGUACUGUGCAUCUACAGGACAAUCACUGACAAUCAAUCUGAUGAAACGUGAAGGUCAUCAGUGUAUUCUUACCAAAGCUGCCUUAUCAUAACUAGCAACCUUUCCUAGUCAGUAGGUGUUAGUCUGAGAUCUGCUUUGACAGUUUUUAUUCGAUUCACAGCGUUGAAACGGUUUCCAGUUGUUUAAGGAGAGGUUUGCCUCUGAGCUUGAACACCUACACAUUAAGGCUAAUUGUUGAAGAUGUUGGUAUUUCGCCACCAAAUGAUUGCAGGGUUAUUGUACACAGUCCGACAGUCUUAAUGUCAGACAAUCAUUGUUUUUUUAUGUGUUAACAUAUAUCAACCUUGUAAGACGAUCCUGUGACUGUUAAAUAAAGCCGAGACAUUUUUGCUCUGAACAGAAA